AAGGGCUCUUUUGAUAGGCGUUUAGUGUAACGGGAGUCCGGACAAUACCUUUUCGGCGAAUGCAACAAGUGUCUGGAUAUGAAAGCAUAUUCUGAACUAACCAUUCCUAUUUGAAACCGUCCGUUGUAUUGAGAACAAAUAAUUAGAUACGUUUUACUAUAAGUUUGGCUGUUUUGUAUCGUUUCCUUAAUUUUUUGCAGCUCAUUCAAAAUGAGUAAAAAAUAACAUCGUAUCACUUGUACUGUUGACUAACGUUACUUGAAUGAAGACAAUGCUCCUCGACCAUUUGGAGCUUGAAUAGGUGCACUGACCAGCUCGCCAUUGUGUACCUGGUGUCGCGGAGGACCACUUCAAAACAGUGAAGUUGUCUUUUACAAAAAAGUAUUUUCUUCUGAACCGAUUUUUAAAAAACCAAAAUACAACAUGGCAGAACACGAGAGUCUGGAGUUUGGAAAGGCUGACUUUGUUCUUCUGGACAAUGUUUCUUUGGAGGAAUUCAUGGCUAACCUCAAGCUCAGGUUUGAGAAGGGUCGUAUCUACACCUACAUCGGCGAGGUGGUGGUGUCGGUUAACCCUUACCGUGCCAUGAACAUCUACGGUCGAGACACCAUCGAGCAGUACAAGGGCCGGGAGCUGUACGAGCGACCACCACAUCUCUUCGCCAUCGCAGACGCAGCCUACAAAGCCAUGAAGAGGAGGAACAAGGACACCUGUAUUGUCAUCUCAGGGGAGAGUGGCGCCGGGAAGACUGAAGCCAGUAAAUAUAUAAUGCAAUACAUUGCUGCUAUCACAAACCCUGGGCAAAGAGCGGAGGUGGAAAGGGUGAAAAACAUGCUGCUGAAAUCCAACUGCGUCCUAGAGGCCUUCGGCAACGCCAAGACCAACCGCAACGACAACUCCAGCCGCUUCGGCAAGUACAUGGACAUCAACUUCGACUUCAAGGGAGAUCCCAUCGGGGGCCACAUCAACAACUACCUGCUGGAGAAGUCCAGAGUCAUCUUCCAGCAGGAGGGGGAGAGAAGCUUCCACUCAUUCUACCAGAUGGUUAAAGGAGGUCCUGAGUCUCUCUUGCGGUCCCUCCACGUCUCGAAGGACCCCACAGCCUUCAACUACAUCAAAGUGGGAGGCCACAUCAAGUCGUCCAUUGACGAUGGUGGUGACUUCAAAGCAGUGGCAGACGCCAUGAAGGUGAUCGGCUUCACAGCAGAUGAGCUCCAGACGGUUUACAAGGUCCUGGCCACUAUCCUGCACCUGGGCAACCUGACCUUUGGUGUGGACGGUGACACAACACUGAUUGAGAACUCCAAGGUGGUGGCGGUGAUCGGGGACCUGCUGGCCACUAAGGAGGAGAAUGUUGAGAAGGCCCUGCUCUACCGUACUGUGGCCACCGGCCGUGACGUCAUUGACAAGCAGCACACGGCCCAGGAGGCCAGCUACGGCCGGGACGCCUUGGCUAAGGCUAUGUACGAAAGAAUGUUCUGUUGGAUCGUGGGAAGGAUCAAUGAUGUCAUCGAAGUAAAAAACUAUGACGCCAAAGUCCACGGGAAGAACACGGUCAUCGGCGUGCUGGACAUCUAUGGCUUUGAGAUCUUUCAGAACAACAGCUUUGAGCAGUUCUGUAUUAACUACUGUAAUGAGAAGCUGCAGCAGCUCUUCAUUCAGCUGGUGCUGAGGCAGGAACAGGAAGAGUACCAGCGCGAGGGAAUCCCCUGGAAACAUAUUGACUUCUUCAACAACCAGAUCAUUGUGGACCUGGUGGAGCUGCAACACAAGGGCAUCUUCUCUGUGCUGGACGAGGCCUGUAUGAACGUGGGCAAAGUCACCGACAAGGUCUUCCUACAGGGACUCAACAGCAAGCUGGGCAAUCACGCCCACUACACCAGCCGCAAGCUCUCCCCGACAGACAAGAGUUUGGAGUUUGACAGAGAUUUCCGUGUCCGGCACUAUGCAGGGAAUGUCGUGUACUCUGUGGUUGGCUUCAUCGACAAGAACAAGGACACUCUCUUCCAGGACUUCAAAAGGCUACUGUACAACAGCUCCAACCCAGUGCUGGAGGUGAUGUGGCCGGAGGGCAAGCUGAGGAUCACUGAGGUCACCAAACGACCCCUAACGGCCGCCACCCUCUUUAAGAACUCCAUGAUCGCAUUGGUGGAGAACCUGGCUUGCAAGGAGCCCUACUACGUGCGCUGCAUCAAGCCCAACGACGUCAAGUCGCCCCUGCUGUUCGAGCACGAGCGUUGUCGCCACCAGGUCGAGUACCUAGGCCUACUGGAGAACGUCCGUGUACGCCGCGCCGGAUUCGCCAACCGUCAGGAGUACGCCCGCUUCCUCCAGAGGUACAAGAUGAUCUCGGAGUUCACGUGGCCCAAUCACGACCUCCCAUCGGAAAAAGAGGCGGUAAAGAAGCUGUUGCAGAGCUGCGGCUUCGAGCAGGACGUGGCGUACGGCAAGACCAAGGUGUUCAUCCGCACACCGCGCACCCUCUUCUGCCUGGAGGAGCAGAGGACCGAAAUGGUUGGGAGAAUCGUUCUCUUCCUUCAGAAGGUAUGGCGCGGUACCAUAGCCAGGAUGCGUUACCGGCGCAUGCGUGCCGCCGUCAUCAUCCUACGGGCCUACCGGCGCUUCAAAGUCAAGUCUUACAUCGAAGACGUCAACCGCAAAUUCAAAAACGUGCGCUCCAUGAAGGACCACGGCAAGCACGUCAAGUGGCCCACGCCGCCCAAAGUCCUGAGGAGGUUUGAAGAGGCGCUGCGGAGCUUCUACAACAGGUGGUGGGCGUGGAUGCUGAUCAAAGACAUGACUCCAGAGGAGAAGCUGCGGAUCAGAGCCAAGGGGGCCACCCUGGAGGCCCUCAAGGACCAGAGACCUGACCUGGGGCUGCAGAGGACCUGGGAGGGCAACUACCUGAAACGAGACAGUCCUGACACAGCGUCCUCCUUCACCUUGGUGUCCAGUGAGCUGCAGCGUAAGGACAAGUUCAUGAGAGUUCUCUUCUCCUGCAACGUGCGCAAGAUCAACCGUUUCCACAAGGCAGAGGACCGGGCCGUCCUCAUCACAGACCGCCACCUGUACAAGAUGGACCCCCUGAAGCAGUACAAGCCCAUGAAGAGCAUCCCCCUCUACAACGUGACUGGGAUCAGUGUGUCCCCUGGUAAGGAUCAAUUGGUGGUGUUCCACACUAAGGACAGCCGGGACCUGGUGGUUUGUCUAAAGGGCAUGAUGCCUGCCGGGGACAGCCGCAUUGGAGAGCUGGUGGGCACCCUGCUCAGCCACUUCAAAAGUGAGAAGAGGAAGCUGCAAGUGAAUAUCGCCAGUCCCAUCCAGUGCAGUAUGAACGGCAGGAAGUGCACCAUCAUUGUGGAGCCCAAAAUCAACCAAUCACAGCCAGACUUCACUAAGAGCCGCUCCGGUUACAUCCUGGCAGUUCCUGGAAACUAAAAGGGCCUCUCGGGGGCCACUCGGUCUGUGACGAUGACAAGUGUCAAAUGAAGACUACAAGAACCAUAUAUCUAUUAGGUAUAGAGCUGAUUUGUGAACUAGAUAGUAUGGCAUGAUGCAUGGGAGGAUUUGAGCUCUCAGAAUGACAGACAUGCCAAAUGUUUACCUUUUUUGAAUGGGUAUUUAUUUUUCGUAACAUUUAUUUUUUCAAUUGGACAUGUAAGAUGUUUACUACAUGCAAAUGUAUUUUUUUUUGUUAGACUCGCACACAUGCACAACAAUAAUUCACCAAAGAGUAGAUUUUCCCCCCCCCCUCACUUUUCAAUAUCAAGUUCAUAUGUUUUGUUGGGGCAUUAAUCCUUUUAUAUUACGCUAGCUUUGGUUUAUCAUGAUUAGAAUCAGAUUUCGUUAUUUAUUUUGAUCUCAAGUGGAGAUUUGAUGGAACGUUUUUUUUAACACUACCCUUUUGUUUUGGACUAGAGACUCACAGACAGUCCUACAUGUACACAUUGGAAACAAGAACGGGAGAGAAUGUUGUUGUGUAUUUCAGGGACAGAACCCGUGUCAGAGGCACAGAUGAGAAGUGUUUAGUGGGUUAGUCACAGGGUGUGGAGUGGGAUGUGUUGAGCAUAUCUUGAACCCGAACGUCACGACGUGCUCUGAGGGGAGCAUUAAAAUCUCAAUUUAAAACCUGUUAUCUGUUCUCUCUGUGUACUGUAUGUACAUUAAUAGUACUCUACAUGCUUAUAGUAUUACGCAAAAUGUGCUUAUGAGUGGACUUGCCCCGCCAGAUUGUGUACAUUUCAUGGCAAUAGUUCUAGAUAAUGAUUUAUUGAUGCAUCGUAAAUUACUUAAUCCAUUAUGUCAACAUUUCAGCAUGUCUAUGCUAUAUGACCACAGCCAGAUGCUGUACGUUUACCAUAGAUGAGAGAAAGGAAGUCGACACUGUACCCGCGCAGUAAAUCAGUAGUAUUGUGUUCCUGUGUGACUGACUAGGCCUGCCCACUGGGCACGCACUGGUUAAAUCAACGUUGUUUCCACGUUGAACCCACUCGGAAUAGACGUUGAAUUGCCGUCUGUGCCCAGUGGGUAUUGACUUAGACUGAGGUGACAGUGGAGGGAUAUCAUGAACACCGCCAUUUACCCAGAUCCUUGGCCUACUUCCAGUAGUUCUAGUUUCAGUGUCAACGUACUGCUGCAGGUAUCACUCUGUCACUUGGCAUUCUUUUCAGAGUGGAAAAAAGUUUUCUCUAAUCACUUUCAGAAUUGCUGCCGAGCGCUAAUUGCUUUGAAUAUCGUCCGGAAAAAUCGGUAUUGUAAUUAGUUAGUUAGCGUCCCUCUCAACUGAUCAAAUAUUCCUUACCUUGCAGCUAUGGCCUAUGAUGACCUUGUUCUGUUGGUUAAUAAGCCACUUCAGGCCAGGAAAUGUCCCUGUACUGGGGGAAAGUUGUAGGCUAUGUAUUGUGUUGUGGGUAUUAUCAGUGACGUCACAGUAGUAUCUCUAACGGCAGGUGUUUAAUAUGUGGCUAGUCCUCAGAGCUGCCUGUAUGACUUGGUUAUUAUGAGUAGGCCAACUAUAGCUAUCCCCCCCAUAUCCUCCAGUUAUACAAUAUGUUUCCCGACAGGGCUUCUCUAUUCCGCUACUCAUCAUUACAAUGCUCUGUCUGUGACUGUGUGUCACAUCCCACCGAAAUAGGUUUCUCUCUCCUGUCUCCCGACAUCCCUGUCUUGUAGGGAAGGAUACUUUUGUCUGAGAACAAAAGCCCAGCCUGGCUGCCUCCUCUCCUCCCCUCUUAUUCUCCCUCACUCCAUCACAUCUUGGCACUAUGCCCGGGUGGGUAGACUGUGCCACUGCAGAGCCGAGGGGGAGUUUACUCUGAACUCCCCCCCCCCCCCCCCCCCCGGGACCAACACGUGGUUCUUCAGUUGAGUAAGGAUUCUAAUGGUUCACUGUCACUCUUUGGGGUGCAGCAUGGAGACUGCUCAUAUCCUGGGUCCUCUACCGUACAUCCAGUGCAAAUGGGGGAAAAGUAAUCAAAGUGAAAAUAGGUUACUUUUUCCAUCAAGUUUUCCAGAUUUUUUUGUUAUUGAGUCCAUUGCCAUUUAGUCUCUUACACUCAAUGUUCUUUCAGCUUUACCUUACGGUUUGUGAUCUGUGACUCCAGAAGGUGUUGUGUCUGCUGCAUCCUUAUCCCUCAUUGUUUUGUGUUGGGUUUGACUUGUCUGAUCCAAAGCUAGGGAAGGAUAGCUACAAUCCCUUCAAUUGUUUUUUUUUCUCCCUAGCCCGAUAUCACUAAAGUUCCUUCAGAAAGGGAUCCCGGUCUAUGUUAUUUCAUCGAGUUUCUUCUGUUGGUAACCCUUUUGAUUACGAUGUGUCCCAUAUUCCCAACUUUUCAUGGUUAAAAUGGUUUAAAUUGUACUGCAAAGAUAUCCGGAUAUAUUCAAUACACCAAAUAUCUAGAUGAAUAUAGAGAGAGUUUGAUCAGAAAAUGUACGUGCCUAAUUUUGUAUUUUGCAUAUUUAUGUAAUAUAUCAAUAUUGAUAAUGAAAGAAAAAGUGUUUGGACCAAAUCUGAAGGGAACUUCACUGUUUUGUUAUAUGCAAGAGCCACAAUGAUAGUUAUUUGAUGAAUCAUUUGAUUAAUAAAUGUAUUUGCUCAAGUUUG